GGACCUGCAUAGAAAAGACAUAAUUUGGUUAGUUUUUAGAGUUGUUUGACAAUGUUAAGAUUGGUAGGUGUGUCUUGAAUGAGUUAUGUGUUAGAUGGGUUAGCUCGAGGGGUGGGUUUUUUUGGAGAGAAAAGUGUAGAAUUUAAGGAAAUGUAUGUGUAAGAGCGCAUGAAGGAAGAUGACGCGUACGUUAAAAAAAUCGUGCGCUAAAAACUCUCUACGUUGGAUAUGGUCCCAAACAGUUGUGAUAAGUGUAUUAAAUUUUUUUAAAAUGAGGUUGACAAUACUAAAUGAAGAUCAUUGUAAAGUUAACUUAAUGAAAGAUGAAUGCAAUAAUUAUUAUUGGCAAUGCUAAUAUAUAUAUCUAGAUAUUUCUAAUUAACAUUGUUAUUGAAUAAAAACACUACAAGAAAUAAUGAAAUUAUAUAUGGACAAUUAUAUACGGAUUCAUAUCCGUAUAUAAAUGAGACAUUAUGUAUGCAUAUCACACUGUUUUCCCCUCUUUCUCGAACCCUAACUAUGUUCUCGAACUCUAGAACUCUUGUUCUCUCUCGAACUCUCUUUCCCCUCUUCAUCAAUCCUUCAUCAACCAUUCAUUCACCUCUCCUCUCGAACAUUCAGUCAGCUCUCGUGUCGAGCCUUCGUCUGAAACCUUGAGUCAUGUCCCCUCUAGAUCGUCUCUUCUCUGCAGCUGUAAAUCAUUCUUCUCUGGAGCCCUAAAUCUGACGUAGUUGGAUUUUGACGAGGCAUCGAUUGAGGCUGCUAUGUUGCGGUAUAAGCUGAGACGUAGAACUUGGUGCUGCGAAGGCCGAAGGAACCACAAAAAGCAAAAGCCCAACAUCAUGGUUCAUAUUUUGCUAUUAGCAAAGGCAAAACUGGCCAAGAAAUCCAGUUCUCAAGUUCAUUGCUAGUGUUGCACUCGGUACCUGCAAUCCACUGUAAAACAAGCUUAUUUUGACCAUCAACCAAAGCUCGUAAACAUGGAUCGUUCUCCACCAAAUCGUGCAUGGAUGUACGAUAGGUGUCAUAGAGGAAGAGGUGCUUUGAAAGAGUCUUUUGUAUUAGGUGUUGAAGAGUUUAUAACUAAAGCUUGUGAACAAGAACGUUUGAAGUGCGAUUGUACAAAGAUUCUGCACGAAAGAGUUGUGAAGGUUCACCUUUACAAGAACGGUUUCAAGCCUAAUUAUUUCAUUUGGAAGGAUCAUGGGGAAAUAAUGCCAGAAGAUCAUGUACAGAAUCAUGACAGUUCGAUGGCUGUAGAGACGGAAGAUGGUCAAAUUAACCAAUUUCAAACAAUGGAAGACAUGGUGCAUGAUGCUCUUAGGCAAAAUGAGUCGUGGCAAGCAUCUACUUCUAAUAACAUUGAAGAGGCUCCGAAUGAAGAAACACAAAGGUUUUUUAAUUUUUUGUUGGAUGCAAAUCAGCCGUUGUAUGGAGGAGCAUCAGACUCGAAAUUAUCAAUGUGUGUCAGACUAUUAGCUUGCAAGUCAAAUUGGAAUAUUCCUAACCAAUGCAUAGAUUUUAUUGCAAAAAUGGUUAUGGAUGCAACACCCAUCAAAUCAGGUUUGCCUAAAACAUACUACGAUGCAAAAAAGUGUGUAUCAAAGUUGGGAUUACAAUCGCAGAGGAUUGAUUGUUGCGUGGAUGGUUGCAUGCUCUUCUAUGAUAAUGAAUAUGGUAAGAAUGAUGGCGCAUUGCUUGAAUGCAAAUUUUGUGGAAAGCCAAGAUAUCAACCACGUAACACGGGAGCAACUACUAGCAAACCAGUUCCUAUGAAAUCAAUGUUCUAUUUGCCAUUAAUUCCCAGACUACAAAGAAUGUAUGCCUCAACACAAACUGCAGGACAAAUGACAUGGCACUAUCAGAACAUGUCGACGAUGGGUGUUUUGCGUCAUCCAUGCGAUGGAGAGGCUUGGAAGCACUUUGAUAGAGUAUAUCCUGACUUUGGUAUCGAGCCACGCAAUGUUCGACUCGGUUUAUGCUCUGACGGUUUUAACCCAUAUGUACAGGCAUCAAAUAUACCAUAUUCAUGUUGGCCAGUUAUUGUCACUCCUUAUAAUCUUCCUCCAGAAAUGUGCAUGUCUAAACCUUACAUGUUCUUAACAUGUCUCAUUCCUGGGCCAUUCAAUCCAAAGGUUGGCAUAGAUGUGUACUUAGAGCCCUUGAUAGACGAAUUGAAGAAGCUGUGGACAGGUGUGAUAACAUAUGAUAUUUCAAGGAAACAAAACUUUAUUUUGAGGGCCAUGCUAAUGUGGACAAUUAAUGAUUUUCCUGCUUAUGGUAUGUUGUCCGGCUGGAGCACUCAUGGUAAACUGGCAUGCCCACAUUGCAUGGAGCAUACAAAGGCUUUUAGAUUAUAUCAUGGGGCAAAAAAUUCAUGGUUUGACUCUCAUCGGAGGUUUUUACCGAAAGACCAUGCUUUUAGGAGGAAUAGGAAUGCUUUCAAGAAGGGGGAAGUGGAGAUGGAUGACGCACCACCAUAUCUUACAGGACCUGAAGUUUGGAAUAGAAUCAAUGGUUAUCCUAAAAUAACUGAAAAUGGUGCGGCAAGAAUUGAUGGAUACGGUGAGUGGCAUAAUUGGACGAAAAAAAGCAUCUUUUGGGAUCUACCCUAUUGGAAGGAUAAUUUGUUAAGGCAUAAUCUUGACUUCAUGCACAUUGAAAAAAAUUUCUUUGACAACAUCUUUAAUACUGUGAUGAAUGUUGUGGGGAAGACAAAAGACAAUGACAAGGCCCGAAUGGAUAUAAGUUUGUACUGUAGACGAAAAGAUUUGGAGCUAAAAAGUCAUAGCAAUGGAAACAUGUAUAAGCCAAAAGCAAAUUAUACACUAUCAACAGACCAAAUAAAACAAGUUUGUCAUUGGGUAAAAGGUCUUAGGAUGCCUGAUGGAUAUUCUUCUAACUUGUCAAGGUGUGUUGAUGUGAAUAGGGGAAAGCUCAUUGGGAUGAAAAGUCAUGAUUGCCAUGUGUUUAUGGAAUGCUUACUUCCUAUAGCGUUUAGUUCUUUACCGGCUCAUGUUCUGAAUCCCAUUACAGAGAUAAGUCAUUUCUUUAGAGAUUUGUGUUCUACAACAUUGAACAAGGAUGACCUGGCGAAGAUGGAAGAAAACAUUCCCAUCAUUCUGUGCAAGAUGGAGAGAAUAUUUCCUCCCUCAUUCUUUGAUUCUAUGGAACAUCUCCCUAUCCAUCUUCCAUAUGAGGCACGACUUGGUGGACCAGUCCACUAUAGGUGGAUGUACCCAUUUGAAAGGUUCAUGGAAUAUGCUAAACGUUCAGUAAAGAAUAAGGCUAGGGUUGAAGGAUCUAUUUGCGCAUCAUACUUGCACAGAGAAACAACUCAUUUUUGUUCCCACUAUUUCAAAAACUUCAUGUUAACACCACAAAGCAAUAGAAAUGAAGUAGACAUUGAAAUAGAAAGCUUUACGACAACAUUAUCAGUGUUUAACCAACCUGGCCGUCAUUCUGGAAGGGAAUCAACACAUUGGUUAAGUGAUGAAGAAUUGAGAUCAGCUCAUGUUCAUGUAUUGAUCAAUUGCAAUGAAGUUGAACCUUACCUUCACUCAUUCUUACAUGUCUAUCAACUAUCUGAGUCAAACAGUUCGACAUACGUACAUGCUAAUUUCCCAUUGUGGUUCAGGCAAAAAGUUCAUAACGAUCCUUUAAGUGUGAGAAACCAACAUCUUAGAGAUUUAUCACUUGGUCCUUUAAGGUGUGUAAAGGAAUGGCACACCUUCUUUGCUAAUGGAUACAAAUUUCAUACCCAUGCAUGGAGUCAGGGCAAGAGGACAAUAAAUAGUGGGGUUCAUGUUAAAGGGCUAACAGAAGGAGGUCAAGAUGAUUUUUAUGGUGUCAUUAAACACAUCUAUGAGUUGGAAUACAAUUCAACAACCAUUGAAAAGAAAAUUGUAUUAUUUUAUUGUGAUUGGUUUGAUCCAUCGAGAGUAGGUACAAGGGUGGAUUCAAAGUAUGGCAUUGUGGAUAUUCGAAUGGAUAAAAGAUAUGUGUUGUUUGAUCCUUUUAUCAUUGCACAUAAUGUACAACAAGUGUAUUAUGUACCAUAUCCUACAUCACGCACGGACAAACGAGGUUGGUGUGUUGCGAUAAAAACGAAGCCUAGAGGUCGCAUUGAUUCUAAUGAUGUAGAAGCCGAUGUGCCAUACCAAGUGGAGGAAAUGUCACAUGUUAAUGACAUCAUUGAAGUUGAAGAAGUAGUCCGAUUACAAGAUGUAGAAGCUGGUCUUGAAGAAGUUGACCCUAACAAUAUUUCAUCAUUUCAAGGGCAAAUAGAUGAAGAUACAACGGAAUCAGAAGAAUACAAUGCAGAAGGACAGGGUGAAGAUGACAAUGAAGAUGAAUUUCAUAGUUCUAGCACUGAAUAGAGUUAGGGUGUAUUGCUCCUUAUUUUUGUCGCUUUAUUAUAAUGAUGUCCACAAUCUUAAGAGUUAGGGUGUAUUGCUCAUUAUUUAUUUAACUUUAUUAAUUUAGGAAGUGUUUGAUAGAAACAGUAAAACAGUAAAAACCAAAAAAAAA